ACCGAAAAAGUAAGAUGUUGAGUAUUACGAAACAAAGUUAUUAUAAAUAAAAAUUCCACUAUUUGGAGCAGUUAAUUUAAGAGAUGACAAGUUACAAAUUUACAAUAAAAUGUAGAAGACAAUAUUAGUGUAUCUACAGUAUAAAUAAAAAGCACAAUGGACUUUGUUGUGGGAGGGCUGGCCGGUGUAGGUGCAGGGUUCUUUAGUAACCCGUUUGAUGUGGUGAAGACUCGAAUGCAACUCCAAGGCGAACUCCGUGCUAAGGGACAGCAUGCUGUGUAUUAUAAGAAUAUACCACAUGCAAUGUACACUAUUAUAAAGCAUGAUGGCAUUGCUUCGUUACAAAAGGGUCUUGUGCCAGCAUUGUGGUUUCAGUUAAUGGUGAAUGGUGUAAGAUUAGGUAUAUACCAACAAGCUGACAAUUACGGGCUCCUCAGAGAUGAGAAUGGGAAUACCCAGUUUUUAAAUAGUUUAUUCUUCGGGUCCCUGUCGGGCCUGUCUGGUGGGCUCGUGGGCAGCCCCCUACAGCUUGUAAAGACCCAACUAAUGUCAUAUUCCUCAAAGAAAAUAGCAGUGGGCACUCAACAUGCCCAUCGUGGACUUGUGUAUGCAUUGACAAAGAUUUAUAGAAAGAAUGGCUUGGGAGGUCUAUGGAGAGGAGCUCACGGUAUGAUGAUAAGGAAUUCAAUUGGAUCAGCAUCACAGAUCUCUGCUUAUGCUGUAUGUAAGGAGUGGAUGGAUCAGAAUGACAUGUUCCAACAGUCAAAGUAUUUGUCGGCGUUUGUCGCUAGCAACAUAGGGGCGAUAGUCAAGACGGUAGCGCUGACACCCAUGGAUGUCAUCAUGACACGGCUGUAUAAUCAAGCUGUGGACGCAGAAGGCCGCGGUCUCCUGUACUCGGGGAUAACCGAUUGUGCCAGAAAGAUCACGAAAGCCGAAGGUCUAUUAGCUUUCUACAAAGGUAUAGGUCCUUCGUACCUACGGCAGGCACCACACACUGUCCUCCUUCUGGUAUUCUGGGACAUGCUCAAGGAUUUGCAGAAGAGCUUCGAAUUAAGAUGAAAACUACGCUGUAAAUAUAGUUAUAGUAGUAGGUAGCUAUAACGCUUUAAAUUGUCUACACGUGCUAAAUUCUGGGGUAAUAACGGAGCAGUAAUGAGGAGAGAUCUUUUCCUAAAAAACCUCAAUAAAAUCGCCAAUACUGGAUCAGAGGUGCGCCAUAUAUCGCUUUCUAGAUCGCCUCGUGUGUAUAUACACUACAUAAUCAUGACUUGGGCUUUCAUUUAUGAAUCUCAUCUUAUUGAUUGCUAUUAAGACUCCGACUGACUCCGAGUUUAUAAAGGAGGGGUCGACUCUAAACAUCUCACAGAGCGAGCCGUCGCUAUAGCAGUCGCGGUAGUAUAUAAAUGUACUUCCAUUGGCAUGCUGCCUUGGCUUACCGAUGAACACGCUAAAAGAAAGAAGCUAUCUAAGAAUCUAAGCUAAGAAAAGUAUCGCCUCCUGUGUACUGAAAUCAGGACUGUUGAAAGUUUCACGUCAUCACUUAGAUAUGCCCACUGAACCGAUAUUAACCCCACCACUGUUGAGGUAUUGCCCUAAAUUUUAGCUUCGUGUGUAGACCGUUUUAUGUAGUAUACUAAAAACAAAACAAUAUUGUUUUGUAAUAUCUAUAACGCUGUGAUUAGAUAAUUUUUUUUACGAGUAGAAAAUCCAAUUUUGUAAAUAUUUUUAUAAACGAAACCAAAGUUUACUGUAAUAUGAAUACAAUGAAUAAUAAUGACAAUUACACUUAGACAGUUGUAAACUGCUGGAUAUUUUAGGAUUUUUUUAAACCGUUAAAAUAAGGUAUUGCCUGCUUAAUGUACAAUUAUGUCGCGCCCUUUGUGUGUAGGAAGAAAUAACAGAACGCUACCUCAUCCUUUUUUUAUCGUGUGGAAAAAUAUUCAAAAGACUGUCCCCCUCAGGGGGGUAAUAACCCUCAUUUCCCCUCUGAGGGGGUGGGGGGGUGUGUGGAAUUCUUACCCAUAAAAAAAACCGCACAGUGUACCUACCAGUGCCAAUGCCGGAGUCGAGGUAACACCGCGACUACACUACCUAACCUUGAACACUUUGUUUACUUUCCCUACAUCACGCAUCGCAACUCUUGUCUUUAAUCAAACUAUGGUUUUUUAACUCAAUUAAUGUGCCAUAAAUUAGUUUGCCUCUAAUGUACUUUGUAUUGCUUAUUUCAAUUAACUAUAAUUAUUUUUUUAUCAUAGAUAGAUUAUAUAGACAGUUUUAUCAGUUACCAAUUGGUUAUGUAGGACGGAAAAUUAUCUAAUUUUCUUUGAAAAUAAUUUAUAUUCAAUGUUAAGUUAAGUUAUUACUACGUCCUUUAUUGUCACGCACUUAUCAAAUAUUUUAGCAAAAUUUUACAAGUUGUGUAAUAUUUUAUUUAGCUAUGUCAUCAAUAAAAUAAAAAAAUCUAUCUUCAACAGUGUCUAAUACAUUAUUGCCCAAGUAUUAGAACCAGCCCUUUUUGUAGUAUCUUUGAAUACGUACGCGUACAAGAAAACAGAUAUAGAGAUAUAUAGAGCUGCAAACACGAUUUAACUAGGUCUGGCGAGGUGCAAUCCCCCGAAGUACAUUCAAUCCAUAACACAUCUUCCCGUAAAUGUUAUCCAACUCUAUAUAUUGUAAACCUAUUAUUUACUAUGUCAUCUCCAUCUAUUGGAUCUGUCCACAUCAUAAUCUCCUUAUAUACUCUAGUCCAAUAAAACAAAUACUCAAUUUCAAUUUAGACCUCUAAAUGGAAAUUAUUAUACCAUCGAAAAUGUAUUAUUACUUCAUAAAACCAAAGAUCGCAUUGUAUUCUUAUUACCUCAAAAAUAAUAUGAUAAUGAUAAAAAUCUCGUGAUAUGACCUGAAGUUAUUAAUUUGUAUUAAGUAGAUAGGUACCUGAACGAUCACCCAUUGAUUAGUAUGCACUCAGUAUUAUUACAAACAAUAGUAGCAAUUUCAAAUUAAAUUUAGUAAAAAUUCAUAAAAGUAAUUUACUCUGCUACGAAAUGUCCCUGUGGUUAUAAUAGUGUGAUUAUACCAUAAUUAAUUAGGCAUUUAAUACUAUAUUAAUUAUAAAACUAACUCACGCUGCAAAACGCAUUUUAAUUAAUUAUAAAAAGUCUCUUACUAUUACUGUGCAUGUAAGUAGAUGAUGUCGGAAAAAAGAAAAAAUACGUGGGCAAAAAAAUAUAGGCUAGAGAAUAUAGUGUUGGUACAAAUAUGAGAAAAACUCACGCAUGGGAAUAUAUAGUUUGAUGAUAGGCGAGAAUGACGCGGACGAAAAAAUAUAGCGUCGGCGAAAUUCGUGGAAAGGGCAGGAGUGAGAUUAUGGCGUCGUCGGGAGAGACGAGAAAAUAUAGGCGGAGUAAUAUAGCGUCGUUAUAUAGGAGAGCAGGUAGAGCUGAAUUUAAAGCAGCUAACACGGUAACUUUAAAAACUUUUUCGUGCACAGUCUUUAAUAAAUUAUAUUAUCGCCUGAUUAGUUGAGUGUCUAGGCUGAGGUAAAUCUGUUUAUCUGAUGCGAACUCCUGUAACAUUAAGAACAUUAAAAGUCAAUCUAAUUAAGAGAAAUCACGUCACUAUUUAAUUAGUUUGUCUUUGUUAAAUAUAUAACACUAAAUAAAUUCUGUACAAAUAAUGAAUGGACCAAUGUAUCUUAUUGAGGAAAAAUAUGUUUUCUAUAAUAAAAUCACGUUUAUAACAAUAUGUAAAACGUUGAAGUGAUAAUGAUGUGGCCAGAAAUAUUAAGUAAUUAUUCUUUGGCGCACAUAUAAAUGUAUUUACAAAAAGUAGAACUGCAAUAAAUUAGUCGUUAAGUGGACUUAGUACUUAGAUUUGUUAGUUUAUUAUAGAAUAAGGCGUUUUUAUUUGUUUAUAAUUAUAUGUAUAAAACUAUAUCGCUAUACAUGUAUAAAAUUUUAUGUUGUAUAUAUCGAAACGCGAAGAUACAAUUGUUUAUAGCAAUUAUGAUAUCUGAACUUACAUAACUUCAAAUAAAAAAGACACAGUGUGUGAGCAUUUUAGUACUUUGUUGAAGUAAUAUUAUUGACAACACCAAAUGUUUUUAAAUUACACUGAAAAAUGUUAAUAUGACAAGGUAUAAAAAUAUAUUACAGCUGAAUAACAUAAUACAAGUCAUAUUCAUUGCAAAAUCUAUUUAGCUAAAGUUUGCUAUCGACAACAAGUACAGUUGAAUUGAAAAUCUCUUUGAUAUUAGUUUAAAAUGAAUCCGUUCGCGUUUUGAUUAUCCAAAAUUAUAAUAUUACUUAUUAUUUCGAUAUUAU